AUGGCUCAAAAUACCGUUCGUCGAUCUACUACAACAAUGGGAGAUAAAAAAUGUUUAAAAAAUACUACAAAAUAUAGUUUUCGUGUUCAAAGUGCACCACCACUUUCUUUACAACAAUAUUUACGUUCUUCUACUGGUACACGUCCUGGUGCUGCAAAUUGGAAACAUUCUGGUAAAUAUCGUGAACCUAUAUUUCGUGCUUAUCUAUCACCUGCAGUCAAAGAAAAACCAAAACCAGUUGAAUCUCGUUGGGUUCCACCCAGUCCUUAUAAACAUGAACGACCACCAGCACUUAGUCCAGAGAAAAAAGUAGAAGAACGUAUUGAGGAACCUAUUUGGCAUCCACCCAGUCCUUAUAAAGAUAAACGACCAACAUCACUUAGUCCAGAGAAAAAAGUUGAAGAACGUAUUGAAGAACCUCUUUGGCAUCCACCCGGUCCUUAUAAAGAUAAACGACCAACAUCAAUUAGUCCAGAGAAAAGACCACAAAAAUCUAUUGCCGAACCUGUUUGGCGACCAGCAGGAAAAUUCGAACAUAAACCUGUACCUUAUUUUGAUCCACCUAAUUUACGAUGGUCACUUCAAGAACUUUUACGAUCAAUGCCUGAAAUGAGACCCAAAACAUUUCGUUCAUCUAGUAGUAUGUCAAGAUUACGACAAAGUGAAGCAGUAGAAGAAACGUGA